UCCCUCUUCUUGUCUCACACUUUAACAACUCUUUCUUCAUCACAAUCCUCAAACCCUUCUAUCCAUCCAAAAUCCACAACCAAACCCCUCCAUGGAUAACAACCACCAUAAUCACUACAACAAUAAAACAACCUCCCAAACACGCCUUAAGCUCUUCGGCUUCCACGUCCAAGAAGACGAAACCAUGCACGAUAUUCUUCAACAAGACUCAACAAACAAAGCCACUUCAACUUCCCCUUCAACCUCAACUUCCCCUUCAAGAUCACCGGAAUCUUCCGGUGUCGGUGAAGCCUUUCCACCUUCCUCCGGUGAGAGAAAAUACGAGUGUCAAUACUGUUGUAGAGAGUUCGCAAACUCACAAGCACUUGGUGGACACCAAAACGCGCAUAAGAAAGAGCGUCAACAACUCAAACGUGCUCAGUUACAAGCUAACCGAAACGCCGCCGUUUCGUUUGUUAGAAACCCUAUGAUCUCCGCCUUUGCUCCUCCGCAGCACUUGCUUGCUCCGUCAGGGUCCAUGAUGGUUCCACCUUCCUCGUGGGUUUACGUGCCGCCGCGUUCUGCUCCUCCGCCCUUCCACGUGUCGGUUUCUCACGGCUGCGUUUUUCCGUCGGGAAACGGAAACGGAAACGGAAACACCAUGAUGAGUAGUAACAAUAAUAGUAGUAAUAACUUUGCGGGUGCAGGGAUGUUUCCGUGUGUUGGCGUUGUAGGGGAUUCGGCGUCCGCAUUGUCAACGAUGCAGGUACAAGGACGGGCCCACCUGAUUGAUGGGCCCUGUUUGAGUAGGUUCAGUGGGCCCAAUUUUGAUGAUUCAUUGGGCUUGGAUUUGCAUCUUAGUCUUGCGCCAGCUGCGGCUCGGUCUUACGGCUCGGCUCAGCUUGGUUAUUCUAGAUGCUCCCCUUAGAAACAGUAUUAUAUAUAUGGCUGCUUGUAAAUUUUUUAAUUAUUUUUUUUUCUUUUUUAUGCGGAUUAUUUCAGCUGGUAAAUGGAAAAAACGAAAUUAUUAUCUAACAAAGAAGUAUUUGAAAAUAUUUGAAAUCUAUAUAGAAAUUAUUUAUAGCAAUUGACAAGU